AUGUCCACCGAGGCUCCUGGGCCUCUAUGGUUUUUAUCUGCUUUUUCUACAUCUAUGUUCUCUUGGAUGCCUCCACUGCGUGGUGUGAGGAAGGUAAUCUCUGUUGGUGUUGUAAGAGAUGGUGGUGGUUUGCAGCUUGCAAGUUCCACCGAAGUCGAUGCCCCGGGAUAUGUUGAUUUCGACACCUACGAAUUGAAGAAGAGGCAUCGCCAGCUUAGAACUAUCCUUUGUGGGAGGUGUAGGUCGUUGUCGCAUGGUCAAAUGGUAACUGCCGUUUGCGGACAUGGUGGAUAUCCUGGGGGUAAACAGUUUGUGUCAGCAGAGGAACUUCGAGAAAAAUUGUCCCACUUAUGCCAUGAGAAAGUGCUAAUAGUUAAGCUUGUUGAUAUUAUUGACUUCAAUGGUAGUUUUUUGGCACGCAUACGUGAUCUUGCAGGUGCUAAUCCAAUUAUACUGGUCAUAACUAAGAUCGAUCUACUUCCUAAAGGUACAGACCUAAAUUGUAUUGGUGAUUGGGUUGUCGAGGCCACCACAAAGAAGAAGCUGAAGUAUGUAUCU